CGACGUGGGCGGAAGAGAUAAUAUAUAAAUGGACCACAAGAGAGCCGUUGGCUAACUUGCUUGAACCUUGCACGCUUUCGUCUCUGUCUCUCCUCUCCUCUCCUCUCCUCGUCUUCUUCACCGAGCUCUCAACUCCACUUAUUUUGCAAACAGCAAAUCAAGAAGAAGCACCUAUUCUGUAAUUUCCACUGCCAAUAUCUUCAACUGCUUUAUCCAUCAAUGCCAUUUCUCCUUCCGUCUCCACCAAUUCCCUUCUUUCCCGCCAAUCCCACACUCCUCAAUUUCUCCUCCUCCAAAAUAAAACUACGGCCGCCGCCGCUAAUCAACUCCACUGCAAUUCCUGCCGCGGCUCGCGAUGUCGAUAUGUUCACCGAGAAAUCUGGAUACCUCUUCGAGUCCGUAGAUGCGAAAGCCGACUCGUUAGCUGAUUACGACAUCUCCAAAAUCGUCUCGGUUUACAGGAAGAAGCCUCUGAUUUUGCUGCGCAGGCUAAUUCAAAUUGGAGUUACGUUUGGAUCGUGGUUCGGCUCUCGGUACCUUGAUCAAAUCAUGGAACGUUCUGAUCAGAUGUUUGAGGUUAGAGCUGCUGAGGUUCGGAAAAUAUUGGUGGCACUUGGUCCGGCAUAUAUCAAAAUUGCUCAGGCUGUAUCAUCUCGUCCGGAUUUGAUAUCACAAUCAUAUUUGGACGAACUCUCCUUGUUGCAAGAUCGAAUAACCCCAUUCUCCACUGAAGUUGCUUUCAAUUUGAUAGAACAAGAACUUGGACUGCCAAUAGAUGCAAUUUUCUCUGAGAUUUCACCAGAGCCUGUUGCUGCAGCAUCCCUUGGACAGGUUUAUCAAGCUCGGCUCCGUUGUGAUGGGCGACUUGUUGCCGUGAAAGUGCAAAGGCCAGGAGUACGAGCUGCAAUUUCUUUAGAUAUACUAAUCUUGCGUUUCCUAGCAGGGGUGAUUAAACAAGCUGGAAAAUUUAACUCUGAUCUUCAGGCAGUUGUUGAUGAGUGGGCAUCAAGUCUUUUUCGGGAGAUGGACUAUGUGAACGAGGCAAAGAACGGACUAAAGUUUAGGCAGCUCUAUGGUAGCAUACAGGAUGUUGUGGUUCCAGAAAUGUAUAUGGAGCACACAACUCGUAGAGUUCUUGUAAUGGAAUGGGUUGAGGGACAAAAGUUGUCAGAAGUGAAGGAUCUCUACUUAGUUGAGGUAGGUGUUUACUGCUCAUUUAAUCAGCUUCUAGAGUAUGGAUUCUAUCACGCUGAUCCACACCCAGGAAAUCUUCUUCGUACAUACGAGGGGAAACUUGCUUACCUCGAUUUUGGCAUGAUGGGUGAAUUUAAGCAAGAGUUCCGUGAUGGAUUUAUUGAAGCUUGUCUACACCUUGUAAACCGUGAUUUUAAUGCCCUGGCUAAGGACUUUGUUACUCUGGGGCUUCUUCCACCAACAGCAGAGAAGGAGGCUGUUUCAAAAGCUUUAACAGAUGUCUUCCAAAAUGCUGUGUCCAAAGGAGUCCGGAAUAUAAGCUUCGGAGAUCUUCUAGGCAAUUUGGGAACUACCAUGUAUAAGUUCAAAUUUCGGAUACCUCCAUAUUUUUCUCUUGUAAUUCGGAGCCUUGCUGUUUUGGAGGGAAUUGCAAUCAAUUCUGAUCCAAAUUACAAAGUUCUGGGCAGCACAUACCCUUGGAUUGCAAGAAAAGUAUUGACUAAUGGCUCACCUCAACUUCAAUCUUCUCUACAAUCUCUUCUUUAUAAGGAAGGUGUUUUCAGAAUUGAUCGUCUUGAGUCUUUACUUACAGAGUCCCUUCGAGCGCGAACUGAGAGGUCCAUGGAUAAAAAGAAAGGGGAGGAUGUUGAUUCCCGAUUGAUUAUCAAGCAAGUCCUUUCAUUCACAUUAACUGAGAAGGGUGCAUUCAUGAGGGAAAUCCUUCUUCAAGAAUUUGCAAAGGGUUUGGACGCACUUGGGUUAGCAACAGUAGACUUAUUACCCUUUGUUGGUUCAUUGUCACUGUCUUCAAUGACUGAGGAAGACAUGAUCAACUUGAGAAACUUGUAUCGCCUUAUGUCAUUAUUGUCAGGAUUGCAAAGAAAUGAAAGAUUCAAUAUGGACGUUAGAAUGGCUAGAUCAUAUGACAAUCAGAAGAGACGCUCAGAGGAAGCACCAGCACCCCUCAUUGUAUAUCAACUUGUAUCUACACAAGACAUUCUGCCUGUCCUUUCUGUCUUUCCUGAGCUCCCACCAGAAAUGCAGCAGCAAUUGGUUCAGUUGCCAGCUGAUCUAGUUGGAAGGUUGAUUUCCCGUGCUGCUGCUAGGACUAUCCGCAGGAUGUUCUUGUGAACAUCCAAUACAAUCAACUUUUGGUAUCUCCACAAAUUUUUGAUGGAACACAGCAUAUACAACAUAUUCAUCUUGCAUUUAAAGUUUCUUUUACUCAAGUUAAAUUAUCUUCUUAUUAGAAUUCUUAACCUAAGUGCGAAAAAAGGUAACUAUAAGAUGUUAUUUUGUAUUCUUAAUUUUUUUCAAUUGUACGACAUUCAAAAUACCCGAAAGGGAAACCAUACAAUUAGUGUGAAAUUAGAUUAUUAGUUGUC